CCGGUUCAUCCUUUUGCGGGUGUUUGGUGGUGGCCAACCGCGGUUGCUGGAGCACUUUCAUAUAAUAUGGUUUGGACAACAUGAGGAAUAUGAUGCGCUGUUCGUGAGAAUGGUAGAAGGAUGGCAGCGCUGGUGGAAUAUGCAAACAGCAUGUUGGAGGUGUGCGAGCCACCGCCCGAAAUGGAUGAAUAUACGAUGCUGGUGUCCUCUCCACUGUCCAGCUCCUCUUCGCGUUCCAUUGUCAAGUUCAAUCUUCAAACGGCCCUCAUACGUUACGUCCAAACAAUGCUCACGGCCGGUCUUUCCGGAAACGAUCACUUCAGAAGCGGGCAGCACCACGACAAGUGGACCUUUCUCCGAAAGCGCCAGCCUUCUUCAGCGGAUACAAUCACCUCAGAAUCGUCCCGACACUCCUCAACAACCUCCCUCUCGCUCCGCCAUCCAAACCAUGUCUCACAACCAGCAAAGGGCGAACGACCAUCGAAUGCUGGCCUCCCAACCCACUUUGCAGACGAUGACCGUCUCUCCAGACGCACGUCAGGCACCUCUAUAUCCCACCACAGCAUAGACGCGCCGCUCAGGACAACCCCCGCAAGCCCGCCACCAAAAGUCGACUGGACCGCCCUCUUAGAUCUCGUCUCCGAGCCAACGUCCGUCCGCGACAUCAUAGCAAGCGACGAGCUCCUAAAAGCGGUGAUACGCGGUAUGACGAGCCUGAACGUGCAGAAAGCUCGCGCGAGUGAGGGAGGGCUCGCCGAUCUGCUUACCGCGUUGGCUGUCGCGGAGGGGAUGCUGGAUACGUUUCGUGUGCCGUUUGGGGGCGCUGAUGGGGAUGUUGUGAGGAAUAUGCAGGUGUUUUUGAGGGCGUUGCUGGGGUGGCUUGCGAAUAUGCUAAGGGAGGGGGUUGCGACUGGGAUGGGGAAGGUUGUUGUGCAGACGCUGCAGACGUACAAUAGUACGAUAUCGAUGCUUCUGAUGGCGGAAGAGGGUGAUGGAGCUGAGAAAGCUUUGAUGCACGUUCCGAAGUCGAGCGGCGCGAGACAAAGUCAGGCAUCACCCUCGCCGUACCCGAUGGCAUGGACUCUUCUACGCCUAAUCGCCCAGACGUUCCUACCACAACUUCUUCGCUUGCUCAAACAAACGGGCCUGAUUGCGGCCAAGUCAAUGAACACGUUCAAUUCCGUUCUUCGUUUAAUGAACACCUGCACGGCGACGGUCCGAGCGGACUACUUAGACGACAUUCUCAAUCUGGGGAUCAUGGCUGAUCUGAUAGAUCUUUGGACGGUCGAAGGAGCCGAUGUCGAGAGCUUUGCAUCGAUCUACCUGGGUCUGCUGAAUCUCGUCACGCUGCAACUCGGCGAGACGAACAACACCCGCGACGCAGCUCAAACCGGAUAUCGAUGCGUGCAGCUUCGCCGGCAGUUGGUCCAGACGAUUGGCGACGCUUUUGUGCAGAGGAUCGAUAGACAGAUUGGACCAGUGGAUGAUACCGCGCGCGGUCAAGCUACGAUGACCGAGUUACUCGAGGAAGUAGGCGAUGACCACUUUGACGAGUUCUGCCUCCUAGCCGUUCACCUAUGCCAAGGGCACGAUACCUUCCGUGAUCUCUUCACACAAACAACAGACGUGGUAGCCCGGGCAUCGAACAUCCUAAGCACCCCUACCUUAGCACACAGCGAUGCCGGCGCUCGCGUGGUUCUAGGCAUGUUAGAAGUCCUACAACUCCACCCCUCCCUAUCCGAAUACGCCCUCUCCAGCAUGCUAAGCGACGACAACCUCGAUUUCUUCGAAACGAAGCAGUCGAUCCUGCUCUGUCAGUUGCUGGCGCUGUUGCCUGAUCAGGAAUUGAGGGAUGAGCUUGUCGCGGGGGAUUUUUGGGAAGGGGUUUAUCAACGAGUUUGGAGGGAGGAGGCGUGGAGUAAGGUUGCAAAGGAGGCGGGUGGGUGGUUGGUGUCCCCUAGCGAGGCGCUGCUAAGGGUUUGCGAACGGACGUUGGGGUGGAAUGGGGAGGAGCAGGAGGCGUGUCAUCUUCAAAGACGCGUCCUUGAAGACAUUCGGAUCUUUUGCGACAAACAACACCGGGAAGCUCCCAUAUUCAGCGUUACUGGGGCUUUGUCGGUGCUUCGAAUUCUUUUCUGCUGUUUGGACGAGGCAUCACCGCCCACUUCAAAAAUGAUGAAAUAUGUUGCAUCAUUCAUCACGCCAGCGCACAUCGAAGCUCUGAAGCUCAACUCAACCAUCCUCAACAAGGACCCCACAGAAUACCAAACGCAAGUCGAUGAAAUAGCAGAACACGCAUUGGCGAUUGUUUACACGCACUUUACGCGAUUUUCCGAAGACAUAAAAACUGUACAAGCCAUCCUCGACUCCAUCGUAUCCGCUUUGGAAAGCCAAACCCUCUCACCAUCCACGACAGCAUCCGCCAUCGGGCUCGCCUCCUACGUCGCCCUGUCUGUUCCACAUCAGGGAGGAUUGGACGCACUCUCCCCGAUUCUGACUCUCACGCCGAAAACCUGGACGCGGCUGCUUAUGAUCAGCUACAAUCCCGCCUCGUCUGAUUUUCCGACACGACGGAUAUCCAGUGCUCUUGCGCUCCUUCAUCGGCUCACGCAAUUGGCGAUGCAGUCAUCGUCGUCGCAGUUUGAGAACCGGGUUCAUGAGUUGUAUGUCUUGACACAUCUACCGCCGCUCCUCACCCACCGCGAUAGCAGUAUCCGUCUCGCUGCAUGUGGCGUGGUGGCCGCCCUAAGCACGCUUUCACUUCGCCUGGCACGGCAAGCAGAAAGCGCGGGUAUCAUUCCACUGUUGAUAUCCUUAUGUGGAGCUGAAGAAGAUGAUGAUGUACGCAAAGACGCAUGGGGAGCCCUGACGCUUAUUUCGCGGUGGGGGAAGCGGUUACAGGAGGUAGAUCUGAUCUGGGACGCGAUGGUUGAUCUGGUUGUGAAUAAUGGGAGUCAUACGGUACUGGCGGUGACGUUGUUGGAUUGGUUGUGCAAAGCGCACGAGGGGUCUAUGCCGGAGAAAGUGGCUGGGAGGCUUGCUGAUGAGGGAGGGGUGGCUGUUAUGAGAGCGUUGGCGGAGCGGGAUACUGCAGAGGGAAGUCCGAUAUCGGGAGCCAUAUCCAACCUGCUCAGUUUCUUCGAAAACGUAACGUAGUUGAAUUCAGAUAAAAUGCGAUCCCUUGAAGCAGUGUGCACAGAUCGUCCGUCCUACACAUCUCGUAACUUUGCCAAAAUGACGGUAUUCCCCUCUCCUACGCCAGUAUAAGCCGUUCGCCUAAGCCCUCAGGGAUCCCAGCAUUCAUGCUACAGAUACAAGCGCCUUCAAUGUAUCCGGCAGGUUCCCUCGGUUUUCCCGUAAUGCGCGCUCUGCCUGGAGUCUGGGGAUCUGGAACUCGUUCAUCUAUGUGGAAAUAAACAAUCAGCAGCGACCAGAGAGGGGAGAAGGGUU